CCACCGCCGUGAGCACACAUCCGUCCAGCCGUCCACCCACUCACCAGGACCGGUCAACGCUACGAUACCUGUGCACUGCGCAGCCCCCGCCGCUGCACUAGCCGUUGCUUCUCCCUUCCGUUCGCGUUCCCAUUCCCAAGGAGUUGUCCUCGCCGGCGGAUCCGGGGCGCCGUCGCAAGACGAGGAAGGCGGAGGAGAGGAUACCAGAAUGGCGUCGCGAACGGCGUCCAAGGAUAUCAUCGCUCUGCGAGGCUCCGCCGCCAUCGUCAGCGAGUUCUUCGGCUACGCGGCGAACAGCAUCCUCUACAACCGCGCCGUGUACCCGGGGGAGAGCUUCGCCAAGGUGAAGAAGUACGGGCUCACCAUGCCGCUCACGCAGGACGAGUGGGUUAACUUCAUCACUAGCGCCACCUCCAAGAACUCAGGAAAGCUGCAGGGGAUCGUGAUGGUCAUAAUGAGCAAGGCCACCAGCGAGGUGAUCGAGCGCUGGAACUUCAACAUCGACACCUACCCCGAGGUCGUCGAGAAGGGGUCUAUCAAGGAGAAGAGCGACAAAAAGAUCAUGAGGGAGAUUCGGGCCAUCAAGCGCCAGAUCGACUCUUGCAUCACCGACCUCCCCUGCCUCGACGAGCCAUGCGUGUUUGAUAUGCUGGCCUACACGGACACGGACGUUGACGCUCCGGACACCUGGAUCGAAAGCGACACCAAGCUCAUCCACAACACGCAGAUGGUUAAGCUGCACUCGUUCGACACGAAGGUCCACAAGGUCGACACGGUGGUGUCGUACAAGAAGAAUGAGGACGACACCUCUUCGUCGUCAAGCUCAGUAAUAAGAGAAGCAAGAAUAGAGCUUCUUGAAGCUGAACUUGGAAGAUUUGUGAUGCUUGCUAAUGAGUCAGCUGAAGAGAUGUAUACAAGAUUGAAAAAAAUCAUCAAGAAAAUUAGAAGCUAUGGAAGUAAGAAAUGGACAGAUCAUGAAGUGGUGAAAAUAAUGCUAAGGGCUUAUUUUCUAAGAAACUCGGUAUUAUGUUUUAUGAUAAGAGAUAGUCCUAAUUAUGAGAAGAUGACGCCAGAAGUAGUACUUGGUAGAUUUAUCCGUCAUGAAAUGAUGGAAAAUGAAGGGCUUCUUGAAGCUGAACUUGGAAGAUUUGUGAUGCUUGCUGAUGAGUCAGCUGAAGAGAUGUACACAAGAUUGAAAAAAAUCAUCAACAAACUUAGAAGCUAUGGAAGUAAGAGAUGGACAGAUCAUGAAGUGGUGAAAAUAAUGCUAAGGGCUUAUUUUCUAAGAAACUCGGUAUUAUGUUUUUUGAUAAGACAAAGUCCUAACUAUGAGAAGAUGACGCCGGAAGUAGUACUUAGCAAAUUUAUCGAUCAUGAAACGUUGUUAGAAGAAGCCAAAUAUGUUGAUAUCAUGUCCAAAAGUGUCACUGCAUCAAAGAAUCAAGACAUUGCACUCAAGGCAAACAAGAAGCAAAAGGGGAAAUGUGUUUUUGAAGAAUCAACAAGUGAAGAUAAUGAAGAUAGUUCAAGUCUUGAUGAAGAAAAAAUAGCACUCAUCAAAAGCUUCAAAAAGAUAAUGAAGAGCCGCAACUACAAGAGCAACAAAAAGAAUGACAAAGAAUAAAAGAAGGAAGAAAAAAGAGCUAUGUCAAGAAUAGACAUAGUGGUGGAGCUCACAUUAGAAAGUAAUGACACUUGAAUGGUGAGAGUUUCGACUCCUCCAAAAUUGAAGAACAUUGGCCUUGUGGCAAAAUUUGGUACAAAGAAAGUAAAAUUUGGUAGGACAUAUCAAGUUCCUCUCAUAAAUAUACAUCUAGUACUGAUUAUGAUGCCUCUAGUAGUAGUAGUUCUAGUGAUGAUGAUCAGUUAACAUGUGUCUUACCUUAAUAAAAAAUACUAUUUCUAAAUUUGAAAAGA